AUGAAGUUCUCCAUCAUCGCCUCCGUUGCUGCCUUUGUCGCCACCGUUUCCGCUCAGGGCAUCUCUGUCAUCAACCCCACCCUUGGUGCUGUCUGGACCACUGGCACCACCCAAUCCAUCACCUGGACUGUCACCAACGCCACCAAGGUCACUGGCAUCAACUUGAGACAAGGUGGUUCUACCAACUUGGACAGCGUCUACACUAUUAGCAACGCCGAAAUCGAUGCUAGCGCUGCCAAGUAUGACUGGAACAUCCAAAAUGAUACCCCCACUGGUGCUGAUUACUCUGUUGAGGUUGUCACUGAUGCUGGUGCUUCGUACUCGCCUUACUUCACCAUCUUGGCUGGUAACGGUGCCGCUCAAUCCUCUGGCGCUGCUCAAUCCUCUGGCUCUGCUCAAUCCUCUGGUGCCAGCAAGGCCUCUGGUUCUUCUGCUUCUGCCACUGGCUCUGCUUCCGCUUCUGGUGAUAAGCCCGAGAGCUCUGACAAUGCUGAAGGUGCUGCUACCAGCAUGAAGGCCAAUGUCAUCCUUGGUGCUGCUGCUGGUGCCGCUGCCCUUGCUCUCAUCUAA